GGGAGACCUUUUCGGAGGGGGGCUACGAAGGAGUUCCCGACAAGAAGGUGGUGAAUUGGCCACACGUGGCCUCGUGGCCCAAUGUGCCGACGGUGGCAACCCCGAGCGCGAAGGGCGAGGCAGGCGGCAUUGAGUGCUGUGUUACGGCUAGGCUCAGCCCGAAUGGCAAGGCCUACAUGGUGCUGAUAGGUCACUGCGUGUUGGAGCAGUGGGAGUUGCGCCUGGUGAUUCUCGCCUUCGUCGAGAUGCCUAACGGGCAUGGGGGGAAGGAUAUCGCCAAGGCGGUGGAGAAGUUGGUGGAGUAG